CAUUGAUAGGUGGCACUGACUGGCACUGAUAGGUGACACUGAAAGGCAGCUCAGAUGAGCAUGAUAUGUGGCAUUGAUGUGCACUGGUAGGCACUGAUAUGUGGCAUUGAUGUGGCACUGAUGGGCACUGGCAGGUGGCAUUGAUGAGCACUGACAGCUGGCAUUGAUGGACACUGACAGGUGGCACUGCUGGGGCUACACUGAUCAUCAGGGCACACUGAUGAUCAGUGCUCUGAUGAUCACUGUCAGCGUGACAGCUCGUGAGGAGAGAAAUGCCAAUAACCGGCAUUUCCCUAUUUACAUGAGAUCAGCUGUGAUUGGACACAGAUGAUCA